UCGCGUGGUGGGGAUCAUCCAUGUUGCUACUAGUGGUGGAGAUAAGGUUGUAAUCCUGAGAGGCCCCGGAGACGUUUCUUGGGUUUUUGUAUAUGCUCUAACUCGGCGCUGACUGCUCCGCGUCGUGAACUGAAGCUCUUUUUGUCUCGGAGCGACACAGAGGCGGUAGACUCUGCGGAAAAACUUCACGUUUCCCUGAAAUUGAAGGCGAAUUCGGGCCGGGGGGGGAGGACUGGUAAUCCUGAGGGGGGAAGAAAGACGGUGGUGGGAAAUGGCCACUCAGGUGGAGGCUCUCCUACCCGGCAACCCGCUUGCUCAAGCGAAGGAGCACGGUAAAGUGAUCCGCAGUGAGCCUAAGGAGGAGGCGAGCGGCCGGGGCGACGGGGCCAAGCGGCAGACGGGUGUCGCCGAUCAGGGGAGCGGCGGAGGCGGCAGCAGCAGUCCAGGACAGGGAGGGACCACCGGCUCGGAGGAGCAGACCUCCAAGCGGGCGACAGAGGAGAGCAAAGGCGGCUGUGACAGCGAAGACAAGCAAAGCGAGGAGGGAGUUAAAGGCGGCGGUGGCAACAAAAAGGAGUUUACUGAAGCUCCCCCGCCCAAGGUGAACCCGUGGACGAGGAAAAUGAAUGCUGUGACCGUGGUCAGCGUGAAUGGACAAGCACACCACGAGUCCACCGGCCCUGCCAAGGUGGUGAGAGCAGGCAACCCACCUAAAGCCAGGCGUGGCGGCAAGGUUGGAGACUUCGGAGAUACGAACAGCUGGCCAACUCCAGGGGAGAUUGCAACUAAAGACAUGCAGAUCGAGGCAGUGACACGGACCGUGUCCUGCCCGCCGACUGUCAGGCAGGUCAGAGACUCAUGGAAAUUCACUGGCACCAAAAAGACGAUGGUUAAAAAGGAGUCAAAGGAGAAAAGGGAGAGCAACGAAGAGAGCAAGGAGAACGUGAAGGCCAAGUCAGACGACUCGGGAGAGGAGAAGAACGGUGACGACGACUCCCAGAAGAACGGACCGAAGAAAAAAGGAAACAAGCAGAAGUGGGUUCCUCUGAUGAUCGAGGUGAAGUCAGAGGGGCCCAGGGAGCGCUCGGCCUCUAGGAACAACAGCAGACAGAAUGAAAACCCGCGCCUGCCUCCCAACGCCAGGAACGACCUCAGAGAUUGGCAUAGCCAAAAGUAUGAGCGCGAGUGGCGUGACGACCACGAUGAGGUUUCCAGCGUGAAGAGUGAGGGGGCGCCAUUCCGCGGAGGAUUCAGAGGUCGAGGACGUGGAAGAGGAAGAGGUCGGGGACGAGGCAGAGGUGCCGGGAGAGGCCACUACGACUAUCACUACAGCUACAAGUCCUACGAUGUGAAAGACGGACCCUACGGACAGAAGUUCAGCAACUCUGUGACCUACUAUUAUGACAACAUGAGCAGCAAUGACCUUUACUCUGUGGAUCAGGACCUGCUGAAGGACUACAUCAAGCGGCAGAUUGAGUACUACUUCAGCCUAGACAACCUGGAGAGAGACUUUUUCUUGCGGAGGAAGAUGGAUCAGGAGGGUUUCCUGCCCAUCGGACUCAUCGCCAGUUUUCACAGAGUUCAGGCCCUCACUACCGACGUCAACCUCAUUCUGGAUGCGUUGAAGGACAGCAAGGAAGUGGAAAUUAUCGACAUGAAGAUCCGUCGGAAGGUGGACCCGGAGAAGUGGCCGCUGCCGGGCCUGAACAUGCCAAACAUGCCACACACGCAUACUGACUUCUCCCAGCUCAUCAACUGCCCCGAGUUUGUUCCAAGACAGAUGGCUGAGGAGCCCAGAGGUUCUCCCAGGGCCUCCACACCAAUGCAACAACAGACCAAGGCUGAACCGGAUGUCUCCAACCUCAAGACCAUGCCCAAGGGCCUCUCAGCUAGUCUCCCUGACCUGGACUCAGAGUCCUGGAUCGAAGUUAAGAAGAGACCCAGACCUUCCCCGGCCAGACCCAAGGUCAGCUCAGAAAAGUCCUCCUCAUUGCAGCAUCAGCAGCAGAAGGAAAAGGAUGAGUCGAUUCGCUCCCCGGUGCCCCAGCCUGGCUCCUCACCCUCCGCUGCUACCUCAGGAAAUAAGGACGGAGCCGAGCAGGACGAACCCGAGGAGCUCGACUUCAUGUUCGACGAGGAGAUGGAGCAGAUGGACGGACGCCGCAACACCUUCACCGACUGGUCCGACGAGGAAACGGACGGUGAAAUCGACGACCACGACGUCAACAAGAUCCUGAUCGUGACGCAGACGCCGCCGUACCUGAGGAAGCACCCGGGAGGCGACCGCACGGGCCACCACACAUCGCGCGCCAAGUUGACCAGCGAGCUGGCCAAGGUGAUCAACGACGGGCUCUUCUACUACGAGCAGGACCUGUGGGACGAUACGUACGAGCCCGAAUACGCCACCAUCAAGCAAGAGGUGGAGAACUUCAAGAAGGUCCACCUGAUCAGCCGUGAACAGUUUGACUGCUUGACCCCUGAGCCGCCUGUCGACCCCAACCAGGAAGUCCCACCAGGCCCCCCACGACCCCAGCAGAUCCCCACAGACGCUUUGGCAAACAAACUCUUCGGCGCCCCUGAGCCCUCCUCAAUAGCUCGCUCGCUGCCAACUACCGUGCCUGACUCGCCCAACUACCGCAGUGCCCGGACACCCCGCACGCCUCGCACGCCUCACCGGAAGGACCCGACCAUGACGCCUCGCUUCUACCCAGUCGUGAAGGAAAGUCGGCCCGUCGAUGCCAAGACGCCCAGGAAGAGGAAGACCCGGCACAGCUCCAACCCGCCCCUGGAGUGCCACGUCGGUUGGGUGAUGGACUCCAGAGAGCAUCGGUCCCGUACCGCCUCCGUCAGCUCUAAUGCAAGCCCAUCGGAGGGCACCCCCGCUCUAGGUAACAUCGGCUGCACUCCCCAGUCCCUCCCCAAGUUCCAGCACCCAUCGCACGAGCUGCUCAAGGAGAACGGCUUCACGCAACACGUUUACCACAAGUACCGCCGGCGUUGCCUAAACGAGCGGAAACGGCUGGGAAUCGGCCAGUCGCAGGAGAUGAACACGCUCUUCCGAUUCUGGUCGUUUUUCCUGCGGGACCACUUCAACAGGAAAAUGUACGAGGAAUUCAGACAGCUGGUGGUCGAGGAUGGAAAAGAAGGAUAUAGGUACGGUUUAGAGUGCUUGUUCAGGUACUACAGCUACGGUCUAGAGAAGAAGUUCAGACCAGACAUCUUUAAGGACUUCCAGGAGGAGACCAUGAAAGACUAUGAAGCUGGGCAGCUGUAUGGACUUGAGAAGUUCUGGGCCUUCCUUAAAUACUCCAAAGCCAAGAACUUGGAGAUUGACCCCAAGCUGCAGGAGUGCCUGAGCAAGUUUAAACGCCUCGAAGAUUUCAGAAUCGACCCGCCUAUGGAGGAAGGAAGUCGCCGAAGACACUCGUCCAGUGGGGAUGGUCGCCGCCGGCACCCCUCUCAGCCCUCCAGCCGUCCCCACAGUCAGGCCAGCUCAGGCCCCACCCACGCCACCACCACCCAGGUUCCCACAGCCAAGGAUGAUGCCAAACCUACCAGCCACAAAGCCCCGGCUCCCACUGCUGAUCCCGCAUCAAAUGCCAAAACACUGAAGUAACUCCACAAACACACUGGCCCACACAGACUAAAUUAACCACGUCUGCAAGUCGCCGGUUCUCUCUGCGCCACAGGAGGGGGAGGGGCAUCCAGCUCUUCAUUUCAAGCAUGUGAUUUCUUUUUUCUUUUUUUUUCUUUUUUUGCGCCUGUGAAAGGUUUGAUAAAUAAGAGAGACAAUAAAUAAUAUGCCUCGGUUUAUUGAUCACUGCUAAGGUUUCUGAACUUUUUGUCUUAAUGAGGCAAGCAAUGGAUGGGGGGGCAAACCCCAUCCAUUGCAAAACACUUGUGCAGACCUUCGCCGGAUGGUUUAGGUUUAACAUUCUGGAUAUAUUUUUUUCUUCCCUCCUUGUUUUUGGCCCCUCCCUCCCUGUCUCUGGGACCCUCUUUGAUCGUCACUGUCCUGCUGGCUGAAAGAUCUUUGAUCCCUCAUCCAAAUCUCAGAUUAAUGAUGACUAUUUCUUCAGCACGAAGUGGAAUUUGAGAUGUGGAAAUAGUUUGAACAAGACUGAGCAUCUAAAAAAACAAAAACAAGCCCCAGUAACGGCCCGCUGGAGGCCGUGCUGCUCUUUGACAUCCAGUCGGACCAAAGUGGUUAGAACCGAGCAACUAACUUUUUCAUCCACAGCGCCCUGAGAGUUUUCAAAGGGCUAAUAUAUGAAAAAAAUAAUUUACCUUAUGGCUGCACAUUGAGGGGAAAAUAUUUAAGGAAACAAAUGAUUUAAAAAAAAAAAAAAAAAAGAGAGAGACUUGCAUCAACCCCUUGCUAUGGACAAGAUCAUUGAAAGUUGCCUUAUUUUAAUGGUUUUACUGCUUCUAAGUUGUGCCCGCCACCUUAUUGUCGAUUGUACAGCAUCAGUCACCCAUAUAUCUCACCACCAUUUCCAGCUGAGGCUACUAGUUGGUGCUCUCUGCCAAAUUUAUUUUCCAUCCCCCUCAGUCCCCUCUGUCAUCUGUCUUCCAAGUGUCAUUUGGUCUGUUACAAGUCCUGUAAUUCAUCCCUGUGAUUGCAAGUUGUGGCUUUUUGUGCUGAAACACGUCAACCUGGUGAAAGUUUGUCAGCGCCCCACCCCUCGCAAAAAAAAUAAAAUAAAAUAAAACACUUAAACGUGAUGGAGAGUUGGGGUUGAUCUCCCUUUGGGUGCUACCUGACUUUCUGUCAUCCUCCACCUUCCCAUCAGAUGAGCUGCAUCCAUCCGUUUGUCCAUCCAUCCAUCAGUUGAUCAUCAGCGACGCUACAGGACUGGAAAUCAUUACAAUCUGGAUUACUUGAAGAGGCGAUGGUUACAAAGAGGACCGUCGUCCUGUGACGCAGGUGCUUUGGGUGGAGACACUAACGAUGCUAAGACGUUUAGCCGCUGACGUUCAGCGAGCUGCCCGCCACCGCUUCCCGGUUCUCACACGGAUCCAAACGUAAGGUGCAGGCAAAAACACUGACAGGCAGGUACUGAUGUAGCAGCGUGGACACGCUCGGUAGAAAACGCACCGCUCGACGUCUUGCCUCACCGUGGACUGGAUUGUUUGUUCACAACCUGUUGAGUCGUCACUCUUCGUACCGGACGAUCAAAUAUGAUGAUAUCAAGCAGAAGAGCGACUCUUCCUCCACGAGUGUAAAUGUGAAAUUUGAGAGAUGAAGAGAAAAGAUAACAGCUCCCCACCUCUUGUUUUAUUGUCUAUAGUACAGAUAUAUAUUUGCCUUACAUGUGUACGUACUCUAACUUUUUUUAAUGGUCUCAUGAUUUAUCUUUUAAUGCAUUUUAAUUUCAAUUUGCAGUGUUUGUAGUGUUGUAAUGCUGGAGGAGCGCUCUGAUAUAAAAACAUCUGUGGAUUUCAGAAAUGGGAACGUAGCUCACAUCGCAAAAGGGAAAGUUGACAUCAGGGCGUCAACGGGUCUUCAAUGUUUUAAAAGAAAAAAAUGUGUAAGCUUCUAGUGUUUCAUGUUGAAAUCAGUUGAUUUGAUAUUUUCUUUUUAGUGAAGAUGAGAGAAACAUCUCUAAUAUUACUCUUUUAUUCAAUCUGCAGCCUUCAGUUUUUCUACAAUUAGAAUGUAUGCAAAGUCUAAAAAAAAUGAAGAAAAUGAUUUGAUUUUUGGGUUUGAACUCAACCAGAAGUUCAUCAAAUUCUAGUUAAAAGAAAUUAUAAAAAAAAGUCUUAAUGCACAUGUGCAAAUAGACAUGUGGGAAGAAGUGUUUUCUGCUGACCUACUGAGUGCUUGUAGCUAAUAUGUUAGCUCCAGUCAUAACUUCAGUUUGAAACUGCAUCAGACACCUGUGCCUGUGUUUUUUGGUUUUUUUGGGGGGGGUGGAGUUCCCCCCAGAGGUGGAUGUCACAUUGUCCUGUCAGUGUUAUGUUGUUCAGUUUCUUCCUCUUAAAUUUAGAGUUGUAUGAAAAUGCAAAGUGAAGCUGUACUUCCUUUUUAUUUUAUUUUUUGCCCACCCUCCCCUUUAAUCUUUCUUUUAUCUUCAGGGAGAUUUGGAUCAGUUUCAGUUGAAACAUCAAAGUGUUUACUGGAGAGGAGGAAAAAAAAAAAAGAGCUAUGAAAUAAUUCAGAACUGAAAACUCAUUUCCCAAAGCCGGCAAAUCCUUUGAAUCGGUGAGCUGGCGUGUGGCUGCAGACAUGACGGACUGCCACCAGAGGGGACAGUUCUUCCUGGGACAGUCACAUGAUCCUCCCUCUAAUGUGAUCAUCACUCGUCUCUGGACAUUUGAGGGGAUUCAGGUGCUUUGGGAGUUUUCAUCCAUCUCUAUCAGCAUUGAACUGCUGCUGUCCAUAUGAACUCUAGGGGGAGCUGCCUGUUCAGCUGGUCAGAGUUCCUAGCUGUGCGGGAUAAAAGAUGGACGUAUGGAAGGAGGAGCGGAAAAUGAGAGAGGAAACUGAGCAAGAUGUGAUGUCGCUCAGAGGAAUAUGGCUGGUUAUGAUGUCUGGAGACUGGGAGGACAAAAUUCCAUAAAGCCAUAUGAAUAAGAAAUAACUGUAUAUGAACAUCAAUAGUUCAUUACAUUACAGUAUCCUAGGCUUGUCAUGAGGAAAAAAAAGAUGAAAACGAGGAAAAAAGGAACAAAAAAAUAUAUAAAAUGGAAAAAUGUAAAAUACUUGAAUGAGAUCUUGUAUUAUAACAUUUAAUAUUCAUAAUAUCUGCUUUGUAGGCUGACGUGAUUCGCUAUUAGUGUUAUUUGUAAUUUGUAGUAAUUAUGCUUUUCCUUUAAUAAAGAAAAAAAAACACAAAACGCACAAAAAAA